CUCAAAUACCACACCGCCUCUCACUCACUCUCUCUCUCUCUCAACUUCAUUUUCUCACCAAAAUCAAUCCUCACGUUCGAGUUUCAUGGAUUCGUCACUAAGUCCAAACCAGAAACUAUUUACAUUUCCCAAAAUUGAAGAUUUCUCCCUGAACAAUCCAAAUUCUGUUUCAGUAUAUGAUAUCGAAUCGAUACCGCUUUCUAAUGAUAAAGCCAUUGUUGCGGUGGAUUCUGAUACUUCCAAAAGCACUUCCCAAAGAACUUCAAUAUACAGAGGAGUCACAAGGCACAUAUGGACGGGAAGAUAUGAAGCACAUCUAUGGGAUAAUAGCUAUAGACGAGAGGGUCGGGUCAGGAAAGGGCGUCAAGUGUAUUUGGGUGGAUAUGACAAGGAAGAAAAGGCUGCAAGGGCUUAUGAUUUGGCAGCAUUGAAGCACUGGGGACCAACAGCUACCAUAAACUUUCCUGUUUCCCAAUAUGCAAAGGAAUUGGAGGAGAUGAAACAUGUAGGAAAGCAAGAAUUUAUUGCUUCACUGAGAAGGAAAAGCAGUGGUUUUUCCAGGGGAGCUUCUAUAUACAGGGGUGUUACAAGGCACCAUCAACAGGGUAGGUGGCAAGCAAGAAUUGGCCGAGUUGCUGGUAACAAAGAUCUAUUCUUGGGAACCUUUGCAACUGAAGAGGAAGCAGCAGAGGCAUACGACAUUGCAGCCAUAAAGUAUAGAGGUGAGAAAGCCGUAACCAAUUUCGACGUGAGUCGAUACGAUACGGUAGCUAUAUUGAAGACUUCUCUUCCAGUUGGUGGAGCAGCAAAACGCAUGAAACCUUCCCAAGAAACAGAGAAGAAAUCUCGUAUGAGUACAAAUGCUACCAACAUUUCUACACCCUAUGCAGAAAGUGACACAGCAGAGUCUGUUGCAACUACAACUAAUGAAGGCAGAGUACUACUCACUACAAUGCCAACAGCAGCUGAAUUCUUUCUAUUAUGGCCUCAUCAUCAUUCCCAUUGAAUUUUGUUAAUGUUCUGUUCUGCUAAAAAUUGAAAGUUAGUACCAUUUAGCUGUGACUCUAUAAUUAACUUUCUUCUUACAAGAAUGCAAACCUUGAUAUAGGACGCUGGAUUAUGGAAGCGACACUGCACAAAUGUUAGAACAGAUAUUGCAUGUUGCUUGUUAGCAUGAUGCGUUAAUAUAAUCAAAACCUUUUUUUUUUUUUACAUUUCAUAGCUUUUGAGAUUUUCCUCUAGCUAUAUAAUUGAAAUGUAUUAUCCAAUUAUGAACUGUCGCUUUGGGCUAUGUUUGGAUAUUUUUAAAUUA